AAAAAUUUCCCUUUGCUCCACUCCCUUCUGUAGGGUAUUUAUCUCCAGGCUCUGGCUCUCAUCCUCACCAUCUCAUCCAACAUCAUUAAGGCUCUUCAUUUGUGUUUGACCAGCUCAGAAUACAAGUUGUUCUUCAGUAGAACGGCCUCUUGUGCUGGUGGCUACGUGUAUUCCCUGGAGUCACCGGUGGGGACAGUGAGAUUCUGGGAGAGGCCAUGAGCCCAAUGAGGAAAUCCAGCCCAGGAACUGCAGCCCCCACAAAAGGGAGGAAACGCUGCCCCUGGCUGAGCUUCUGGAUCAUUCUUGUUUGUGCUCUUGUCCUCAAGGCCUGUGUCAUCUACGGCUGCAUGGUCACUCUCCUCAUGGGAAAUCCAAGCUGUGAAGAGCGCAAGGCCCUGCCCCAGGGUUCCGCAGAGUGGCAUUGUGUCGUGGGAAGAGAUGAAGGGAAAGGGCGAGUCUGGACAUGUUGCCCUUUGGGCUGGGAGCCCUUUCAGACCAGCUGCUACUACUUUUCUAAAGACGUCAUGAACUGGGAUAACAGCCAGAGGAACUGCACAGGGAUGGGCUCCCACCUGGUGGUGAUCAACACAGGAGCUGAGCAGGAUUUCAUUUCCAAUUAUGUAAAAAGAACGGUUAUUGGCAUCCGAGUGGAGAAUUACUAUAUUGGUCUGGCCCUGAAGAAAGGCCAUUGGCGCUGGGUGGAUCUGACUCCAUAUAACGAGACGGCAGUGUUCUGGAUACCUGGGGAACCAAAUAUCCUCAGUGUGGAGAAAUGUGUUGCUGUAGAUACAUCCCAAAAGGAUAACAGGAAUUGGAAUAACUUCCCUUGUAUCCCACCAUUUCAUCGAAUUUGUGAAACUGCGGCAACAAAUAUUUGAUUGAAAAUACCCCAUCAUGGAUGUGAAAUUAGAGAGCGAGCCCAUCCCUCUCCAUGGGCAGCUCACAGAGAGAUCAGUUUGGAGGGUUUGUAUCACUGUGAGUCCAGGGCUGUAUAAUAUGCAGGAAGGUGGGGGUGGAAGUUACUGUGCUCACCACAAAAAACAUUUUUUUUUAAAUUCCAAAAAUGACUAAAGUGGAAAAAUACCAGACUUCAGCCAAGCUCUGCUUAUGAUGUCAUAAAACUCCCUGUGACAUCACCCAACGAGUAUAGUGGAGAAGGUGGGUUGGGAAUGGGAGGGCCAGCGGAUUUGCCUCAGAGUGUUGACGGGAGAGUUGCUAUUUACUGUAUUAAUUCAGCCAAUGUUGCUAAAUGUAAUAACUUCCCUUGGGCCCAACACAUCAGUCCCCAAGAAUGUGUGUGCUGUGAAUGGGAGUGUCUCAUCACAUCCACAUUGCUCUGGUGGCUGCUGGGUGUAAUAAGAGAUUCAGCUUUCAGGAAAAAGAUGCAGAGGUAAAGGUCUAAAUCUCACAGCUCUUUGUUGUUCCAACCUCACAGGAAACAUGUCUAUGCUUGCAGCUGGGACUGUUUAGAAGGCCACACAGUUCAUUAUCCCUGAUCCAAAUUUAACUUCUUUUGUGAUGGAGCAGAACAAUUUAUACCCCAGAGAAAGGCCAGGUUUUCAAUCAAGAGACUGAUCCUAGACCAGAUCUCCUAGAAAUGGAAAGGAUCUAUAAGCCCAGUUCUUUCCCACUGCCCAGGAGCUAGUGCUGGAUUGUUCCCGAUCAUGCAUUCUCCACAUCUUUGUCUAAUCCUAGUAUUGAAUGACAGGAGCAAUGGCACUUCCACUACUUCCUCUGAGGAGACCACAGGCCUCGAUGGGUUUUGUUGAUGGAUUUUGAGGUGGAAUGUAUAUAAAAUUCUCUCUGGAUGUGUUUCACCUAGUGCUGUCCCAUCUCCUACUGCUUACUUCUUACUCUUACUGCAUAAGAUUCCCCUCCAGAAAUUCCCUGCUUAUGUCAGAAAUGUGUCUACUAUUGUGUUUAUCUUAAUAAAGUC